AUGACUACCUCAAAUCACACUGGUGUUAGCCACACAGUCUUCCAUUUGCUGGGCAUCCCUGGCCUUGAGGACCAGCACAUGUGGAUUUCCAUACCCUUCUUCAUUUCCUAUGUCAUAGCCCUGCUUGGGAACAGCCUUCUCAUCUUUAUUAUUCUCACAAAGCGCAGCCUCCAUGAACCCAUGUACCUGCUCCUCUGCAUGCUGGCCAUAGCAGAUGUUUUCAUUUCCACGUGCACAGUACCUCAGGCUUUGGCCAUCUUCUGGUUCCAUGCUGGGAAGAUCUCCCUGGAUCGCUGCAUCACUCAGCUCUUCUUCAUCCAUUCCACCUUCAUCUCUGAGUCAGGGAUCUUGCUAGUGAUGGCAUUUGACCGCUACAUUGCCAUAUGCUACCCACUGAGAUACACCACCAUUGUUACACAUGCACUGAUUGGCAAAAUUGGUGUGACUAUCAUCCUGAGAAGUUAUGGUAUAAUGUUUCCCAUAAUAUUUUUUCUGAAGAGACUGACUUUCUGCAAAAGUAACAUCCUCCAAAACACAGCUUGUAAGCACAUUGUCUUGGCCCAUGUUUCCUGUGAUGACAUACGAGUAAACAUCUGGUAUGGGUUUUUUGUCCUAAUGUCAACAGUGGUCUUAGAUAUUGUACUAAUCUUUUAUUCAUAUGUGUUGAUUCUCCGAGCUGUCUUCCACAUUUCAUCCCAAUAUGCUUACCACAAAGCUCUCAAUACUUGUGGCUCCCAUGUCUGUGUCACCAUUCUCUUCUAUGGGCCUGGGAUCUUUACAACCCUUACUCAGAGGUUUGGACAAAACAUCUCACCCCAUAUCCAUGUCUUGCUAGCCGAUGUCUGCAUUCUGGCUCCUCCUAUGCUGAAUCCCAUCAUUUAUGGGAUCAAGACUAAACAGAUCCGGAACCAGGUUGUUCAUCUGUUGUUUACAAAGCAGACAUAA